UUUGCAUUUGCUAGUAGAACAGAUUUCGGUGCAAGCUAGCGACACACCAGACUCGUAAAGCCUCGGAAAGAUGCUCCUCCGGCGGACCAAAACUGUCCAACACACGGCAACAAGUCCACGGAAACUUUAUCCGACUGUGUCCCAACUUGACUGAGGAGGCAGCCCCCCUCACCCCCCUCCCCCGACCGUUUUCAACGCGACACUUUCGAGGGGGGGUGUUAGCAUUGUUUAAUUGCUCCGUAGUAUUCCCGUUGAGGACGACUCAUCGUUCGUUUCUCUCUCAAUUUUUUUUUCGCCUUUAAAAAAAUCCAUAUUUAACCAACUUCCCGGAGCUCGCCCUUCGCUGAUGAAUUCGCCGAAAAAGGACGGAGAUGAUGAUGAUGUGCCCGUUAAAGACGCGAUAAAAUACGGCGAACUGGUCGUUUUGGGGUACAAUGGCUCCCUCCCCAGCGGUGACCGCGGGCGCCGAAAGAGCCGCUUUGCUCUGUACCGGCGCGCCAGGGCCAACGGCGUCAAGCCCAGCGCCGUCCACAUCCUCAACACGCAGGAGGACGGCAAGGCUGUGCACAGCACGGGACACCACAGCAUCUCUUUCACGCAGUCCCGCAACCAGACAGUGGUGGUCGAGUAUUGCCAUGACAACAGCACUGACAUGUUCCAGAUUGGGCGAUCCACAGAGAGUCCAAUUGACUUUGUGGUGACGGACACCACCGGGGGCGCUAAGGAAGGCGAGGACCCCUCCGUCGGCUCGAGCACCAUCUCCCGUUUUGCCUGCCGCGUGGUGUGCGAGCGCUACCCACCAUACACGGCGCGCAUCUACGCCGCUGGCUUUGAUUCCUCCAAAAAUAUCUUUUUAGGGGAGAAGGCGACCAAGUGGAAGAACCCGGAUGGCCACAUGGACGGCUUGACCACCAACGGCGUGCUGGUCAUGCACCCCGAGAGCUUCCCGGAAAACCCCAAGCAGGGUCUAUGGCGAGAGAUCUCCGUGUGCGGCGAUGUCUACACCCUGCGAGAGACUCGCUCUGGGCCCAGCCGAGGCAGACUUGCGGAAGGCGAGAGCAGCGCGCUUCACGACGGCUCACUCGUGGACCUGUGCGGCGCCACCCUGCUGUGGCGCACAGGCGAGGGGCUCAUGCACACUCCCACCCUGCGCCACCUGGAGGCGCUUCGCCAGGAGCUGAACGCGUCGCGGCCGCAGUGUCCCGUGGGCCUCAGCACGCUGGCCUUUCCCAGCCUGCCGCGCAGCCACAGCCUUGAAGAACGUCAGCCCUGGGUCUACCUCUCCUGCGGCCACGUUCACGGACGCCACGAAUGGGGCCAGAGGUCCGAGGCGGGCGAGGAGGAGCCCUUGGAGGGGGAGGGCUCCACGACGCUUCGGGAAUGCCCCCUGUGCCGCAGCGUGGGCCCCUACGUGCCCCUGUGGCUGGGCUGCGAGCCGGCCGUGUACGUGGACGCCGGUGCCCCCACGUACGCCUUUGUGCCAUGCGGCCACGUGUGCUCAGAGAAAACCACCAGGUACUGGGCAGACACCCCGCUGCCCCACGGGACGCACGCCUUCAGACCCGUGUGCCCCUUCUGCUCCGCCGCCCUCAGCACCCCCGGGUGGACGCGGCUCAUCUUCCAGGGUCCCAUCGACUAGCCGUAACACAAAGUCCCUGUCCUGUCUUACCCUUCUGUCUCUUUUUUUUUUUCUUAUUUUUAUUUUUUUAACUGUAUGCUGCACCUCCUCCCCUUAUUUCUCCUUCAGGGCUGGGUGAUGGAUUGAGGAUCUGGAUUUCAAGCAACUCAAUGAAAAGUGAUUUGUUGGUUUUAUUAGUUGAGUUUUAGUUAGUGAUUAACGUGGUCUCUGCAGUUAGUCUGCUCAUUUUCAUCCCACACAAACCUGACUCACAAAGAAAAAAAACGUUUUAAAAUGUCAUAUUUUAUGUAAAAUUGUAGGAACAUAAUCAGUCUUCUGUGGAAGGAAAGCCAUUGGACAUGGUUUUGAUUGACAUGAGGGGUGGGUCCUUGGUUUAAGAAGACCGAUCGGUAAAUUAACUUAAUGGUAAAAUAAUUAAUAUUCUUCACCAAAAUUCUUUUGUGUUCUUAUUAUUCUCUGAUUUUUACCCAAUUUAUACCUACACGGUUUCCAACCAUCCAUCCAUUUUCUUAGCCGCUUAUCCUCACGAGGAGUCUUGGACCCUAUCCCAGCUGUCAACGGUCAGGAGACGGGGCACACCCUGAACUGGUUGCCAGCCAAUCGCCGGGCACAUCGAGACAAACAGCCGCGCUCACAAUCACACCAAGGGGCAAUUUAUAGUGUCCAAUUAAUGUUGCAUGUUUUUGGGGUGUGGGAGGAAACCGGAGUGCACGGGGAGAACAUGCAAAUUCCACACAGCCGGGUCCGGGAUUGAAUCUGGGACCUCAGAACUCGAAGGCCAACAUUUUCCAGCUGAUCCACCGUUCCACCGGUUUCCAUCCAAUUCAAUUUCAAAUAUUCAGCUCAUUCAGGACACAGUUUCUAAAUUCAUCUAGAUUUUUUUUGAUAUUUUACACAAGAAGUUAAUUCACUCCAAUUAAUGGAGUUGACAAAUUCACAACUUCUUAGCCGAUUUCAAAUCUUUCCAAAUCACUGGAAAAAUUACACCAAGUCACCUCAAAAGGACAUUUAAAAAGAAAAAACAGUUUAGAUCAGCUGGGAUGAGUACCAGUACUCCUGCCACCCUCGUGAGGAUAAGCAGCUAAGAAAAUGGAUGAAUGGAUGUAACCUAUCAUCCUUGACCCCGCAACCUUGUUUGUCGGGACCGUCGCAAAGUGAGGCCCCUUUUUGUGCACCUGAACCAGAUCCUAAAUCCAUCAUCAAGCAGCUUGAGUAUAAACAAGGGCUUGGACUCCUAACAAACUAGAUAUGACCCCCUUGCCCCCCGCCACCCCCCCCCCCCUUCAUCCCAACCCCUCACACACACACGAAGCAAUAACACCACUAACUCAUGUAUAAGCUAAGUCUUCACGCUAGGUUUUUAGCCAAACGCUAGACUAGCGUCGGUCGCCUUGAACAUGGCUGUAGCUAUUUUUUUCCCCUCUAGUUUUUGUUUUAUCACAGAUUCAGAGCUUGUUAACCAGGGGUGUGUUUCACCAAAGGAUCAGGUGGUACAUGGGCUGUUUUUUUGUUUUGUUUUUGUUUUUUUGUGAGAAUAUGUGGUUUUGCCUGUUAGUUUCCAACUGUGGCUAAAAAAGGUGAACGCCUGAAAAUGGAUAUGAAAGAUUUUUUGGUUUUUUUUGUAGAGUACGAGCGAGUAACACCAACAAUAUCAGACCACGGCCCGAGUGUUUGCGGUUACAACUAUUUUAUGCUACGAAAUGUGGCCCAUUAAUUAAAAACGUCAGAUGCGUAACGUUUCAAAUGUGUUAAAACAUUUGAUAUUUGCCGCAGUUCAGGAUCAAGCCCCGAUGUGAAAAGCGGAAAUUUGCGUGUAGUAAUGAACACCCCUUCCAAAAAUUCUUCAUUGCCUAUAUAAUGUCAUUAUCCAAGCCGCUUAUCCUCACAAGGGUUUCAGGAAAGCUGGAGCCUAUCCCAGCUAGCUUCGGGCAAAAGGCAGACUACACCCUGAACCAGUCGCCAGUCAGAUAUCGAGACUAUCACUGAGCGGGAAUCGAUCCCGCGCUGCCUGCACCAACGGCAGGCGUGUUUACCACUACACCAUCAGUUACUCUUCCGUAAUGUUUAUACCCCAGAUAUACCAAAAGCUACAAUCCCACUUGAAUAUAACUUAAAAUUAAUUUCACAACAUAAAGCCCUUCAAGUAAUUGAGAUUCUGAUUCUCUGAGUUCAAAAAGUUGGGUAGGCAAAGUGUGCCCAGUAAUCAACAGAAACAUUUGCAAGCGUGUCGCAAGUUUGAAAAUUAGCAAGUUUUUAUUGUACUGCCAAAAGCAAAUCACUAGCCAUGAUGUCCAUUUGCCAGAGGCUGAGCUGCAAUGCGGUGUACACUUUUGGCUAUCGCUGAGGGAAGUCCUUGACCCUAAAAUGUUACGUAGGCACACGAGACCAUUCAUACACCCGACUGAAAAAUACGUACACCUAUCCAAAUUUCCCGAUGGCGAUCUUAAGCUCCGCCCCCUCAGCCAUGUCCCACAAGCUUCCAAAAUGGCGACUGAACAGAACAUGUUUGAAGUCGACUAUCGCAUAUUCCAAAUAAUAUUUGGGUACGUUUUUUUGCCAAAUGCGUCGGACUUGUCUAAGAGAGUUCUACAGAGAGGUCUCAACUAUUUCACGCAAGGAAUAUGUACACGGAAUUAAGAUUUUGGACGGAGCAGGACGCAAUGUCAAUAUUACAGCGAAACGUCGGCGAGCGAUGGGGAAAAAAAAGUUUGACGCCUCACAAACUUCAUAUUGAAAACCAACAGGAUAAAAUAGUGGAAUCGUACUGCGCAUGUUUAAGCAGGGUGAGUACUUUUGACUUGGACAGAUCACGAGUAAUAUCAUUGUAGUCUUUAGAAGUGAGGGGGUGUUUUCAUUUGACCCAGUGGUCUGUCUUAAAGGUCCGAUGUGAUACAAAUUGGCAAAUACACUUUUCUCUCGCAUGACAUCGCGCAUUUACGUAUCACUAACCCGACUCUUCGACAUAAAGCAUGACACACUUCAUUCAGUGAUACACUAACAGAGUGAAAGUUGUUCCCUAACCCUAUCAAACUCAGAGAAGUUACUUCUCCCUCACUUACCUUUGAACACACACCGUUGUCUUUGUUGAUAUCGUUCAUAUUUAGUUGUAGUUAAUCCAUCGUAGACACUUAGUCAACUGUGUUUUAGGCUUUGAAAAAUGAACCCAAGCAGGAUAUCUUUCAUCAGAAUUUCAGGUUCCCCAAGCGCAACUGAGGACCAUUUUCUUCGUAACAUGAAAUUUUCCAAGCGCACGCUACUGACAACCAGCAUUGCUUGUGGGACAACAUGGCGGCAGGGGCGUGUCAAGCCAGGGGUUAAGACAAUGCGGCUCUCUGAUUGGCUAUUAUUGUACGAGUGAUUGACAGGUCGGAAAGGUCCAUUCACGCGUCAGGUUUCUCCGCAAACGCGACCAGGGUCCCUUUUUCAAGUCCUUGUGCGUCGGUAUAUCCAAAGUUCUGACCUGGCACAGCUCAAAUCCAAACACCUCCUUUUGUUAAGUGUGCGUACAUGUGCGUGUUUCAAAGAAAAAGUUAUUUUGUUAGGAAAUGUGGUUCUGUGUUUGAAAAGAAAUAUAUACUUAUAUAUAGCUAUAUAAAUAUAUACUAUUUUUCUAUCUGAUUUAGUUGUCAAACUCAGUUAAAGUUCAACGUACGUACCGGGAUGUGAUAGAUGUAGAAGACCCCAUGAGUGUGAAAAUGUUCCAACACUGUGUUUUUUUUUCUCUCUCUCUCUCUCUCUCUCUCUCUCUCUCUCUCUCUUUCUCCCCCCCCCCCUCUCACACACACACACACACACACACCCACGAAUAAUACACACCUUGACACCGUGCUACCGUUCCUCAGACGUUGAAUGUAGCCGACCAUACAAGGCUAUGCGUUUAUUAGCCUCUCCCUGGUGCUCAUAUUGAAUGGUCUAUAUUGUGAUACUAUUUUUGUAAGUGAAUAUGACGGUGCACGCCCCUCCCCCUCCCCCCAGCUUGAAUAUACUGUUAUAACCUCACGUAUGGAAGAGUAGACGCACUCGUGUAUGCGUGCGUCUCGCUUGCACGUCCACGCACGCACGCACGCACGGGACACGCGCCGCAUUCAAAACGCGUCCCGCCCGCCUUUUGAAAUUCACGCCAAGUGUGUAACAACUAAGAUGUCUUCCGAGUGUUCGGCUGUUAAAUGUGCAAAAAUAGAAGGAAAAAAGACAAAUCCUCAUACUUGACCAAUGUUUGGAAGUGAGAGUCGCAAUCUGUACUGUAAUACUAAUCAUAUAUAUUUUUUGCCAACUCUGCUGCAGCAUAAGAGAAAUUCAGCCCACAUUAGUUUGUCAUUCGUCCCAGCCCAUUAAUUAUUAUUAUUAUUAUUAUUAUCGUUAAUUGUGUUACAAUUCCAUUCAGCAAUGACUACUUUAAAGUUAUAUUGUUUUUUUGGACAAAAGUGGCCAUUCCGAUAGAUUGUAUUUGAAAAUUAAGAUACAAUGAACGAAUUUUAAUUCAUGUUCAAAUAUCACUUAAUUUCCCACAAUUUCAAUUUGGUUGAUGAUUUGUUUUUGUUCCAUUUUUUUACCCAGAUGGUUAGCAUCGCUCAGGAUUUAGAGUGGCACAGUGAGUUCACUACACAGUUAAAUAUGGGAGCAUUUAUCCAUUACUAUAGACAGUAUAAAUGAUCACGUGAUCAGUUAUUUACGGGUUUUCUUAUGUGAAUAAAACUUGGUGCAGACUUAAAAGAUAGAUCAACAUAUAGUAUUGGCACGUGAACGGAAGAACUGUUGCAGCACCUGUUUUUUUGUAAUUUAUUUUUUUUCAAGUUGUAAGUGUCCGUUUUAAAUUUCAAACCCUUAGUUUUAACGUGUAGCCUCUACUAGACGCAGCAAAACGUAUUUAUUUGCUUUUAAUAUACAAUGUUUAGCACUUUUCAAUGAAUUUCAUGUAUCGGUUUACCUGUACUGUAUUUCAAGGUCACCGCAUUUAUUAUUCGACCCCGAAACCACCUCACCCUUUUAUUAUGCAUUUUUGAAGAAAUACAAACCAUGUAUAGCUUUUUUUUCCCCUUAAUUUUUGAUUGUAUUCCUCUGUAACCGAAUGGUGCACAGACAAUCGCAACAUGUCAAUAAACCUGUUGA